AUGAAAGUCACUUUCAAAACAUUAAUGCAACAGACAUUUGUUCUUGACUUUCAAGAAGAUGAUCUGGUUGGCGACGUUAAAAAGAAGAUCGAAGCUAAAUGGGGCAGUGAAUUCGAUGCAAAGACUCAGAAACUAAUACACUCAGGCAAGGUGAUGGAAGAUAGUAAAUCGCUAAAAGACUACAAAGUGACAGAAUCUGGUUUCGUUGUAGUAAUGUCUGUUUCAAAGCCAUCCAAAGAUACAACGAAAGAAGCUAGUGCUUCAGUCCAAAUUAAUCCUACUGGUGAAACAAAGCAAACAACAGACAAAAAGAGCCCCGUAACAGAAGCAAAUGAAGCUCCGAGCAGUAAAGCAGACUCAAAUCCCCAAUCUAACUUACCUACAGUUACAACAGCCCCAUCUAGCACAACAAAUACUUUGGGUUUUGGAGAGAGUUCCUUAGUUACCGGAGAGAACUUUGAGCGGGUUGUAAAAGAACUAGUGUCCAUGGGUUUCGAGAGAUCACUGGUUAUCCAAGCAAUGCGAGCAGGCUUCAACAACCCAGAUAGAGCAUUUGAAUACCUUUCGUCGGGAAAUAUUCCAAAUGUUGACAUUGUUGAUCAGCCACCGCAAAGGGAAGAAAUCGAAAGUGUAUCUCCAGAAGGGCCUGGGGAUACUGAUACCCCAGGCUCUGAGUCUCUUGGCUCAGAAGACCCGAUCACUGCACUCGCAAGUUUACCCCAGUUUCAACAAAUGAGAGCGCUAGUACAAGCAAAUCCAGAGCUACUGCCUCAGCUAAUCCAGCAAAUAGGGAAUGAUAAUGCAGAUUUAUUUAGACUCAUUCAAGAAAACGAACAAGCAUUUCUGGAAUUUAUUAAUACCCCAGUCACUGGUACUACUCGACCUGGUGGUGAGCGUCAAACUGUUCUUACUAUGACUGCUGAGGAACGCGCUGCUGUGGACCGUCUAAAGGCAUUAGGGUUCCCGGAGGAGUUGGUUAUCCAAGCAUAUUACGCAUGCGAGAAAAAUGAGGAUGCAGCUGCGAAUUUCCUGCUUAGUGAAAGUUUAGACGAUGAAAUGUUAUCUAAUGAAUUGAAUCGUACUAAAUUACUGUUUCUUCUUAACUGGCGCUUCACCAGCAGCAUAAAACCUGUCAUAAUCUGGUUUCAUCAGUUGAUUACGGUUUGGAUUUUUGACGAGUUGGAUUAUGAAGAAUACACUGGUUAAUUAACCCAAAGUUCUUCGAUUAAUGUGGAAGAUAAAGUGGUUCAUUUAAAUAAUGAAAUAAUUGUACUAUGAGGACAAGUCAAUAGGAUACUUGUGAUUUUGAAGCCACUUUUCACCCAAUGUGCAGAGAGUCUACCAAUCAAAAGUAUUUCCUAUCAGAAUUCAUGAAACGUGGUAGAGUUUAGUGUUUUCAGGAAGCUUAAUUUUUCUAGACUUUUCAUCAACUUUUCAAUUUUGAUAUUGUAGUAAUAUGGCUGCAUACCUGAUUAUUGCUGAUGAAGAUAUUCUUCAUCGUGAAAAUAUCCGAACUAAGAGUUUCUUUCUGAAUCUUAUCCAUAGCUAUAAAUAGUGUUAUAGAAAAUUCAUCAUCAUCAGACAAAAUCUUUAUUUGUAAAUUCUGCGUAGGAUUACGAGGUUGGAACUGCGUGACAACAAUCAUAUGAAGAACUCAUAAGUAGAAACCGUUAUCUAUUUUGUCAUCCCUACUUUACUAGCUCACCUAUUAUUAAGUGAGGACGUCGGUUGUUAGAUCUUAUUGUGAGCAAAGAAAAAAUUUCGUUAAUUUACAUGUUAUAUGCUGUCUACAUUAGAAUAAACGUUUAGUUGACACGUUUAACACUUAUUUUACAAAGGUAUUUGUGCUCCGCUUUUUAUGUGACGUAAUGUAAGAUUCACUCAUUCUCGUACUUUGAGCAAAUGUUGAGUCGUUUUCUUGAUUUUGAAUGACUCGUCUCCUUAUUAUAAUUACGUCAUCAUACUGGCAGUUAUUUUAUUCAUUUCGUACAUGUCCGCCGAAUUAUUUAAGGUUAUGACUUAAUUAAUAUCAUUUAAUUUGACCAACAGUUCAAGAUUUAAAUCUGUCUAUUCGAAUAGAUUUCAUGCUGUUCUGAUAUUAUUUUAAUCAGUCGAUCGGUCAGCUACAACGUAGGACCAGGAACAUAGAUUCAUCGUUCCUAGUUACCGUACCUCAUUGGCAUAGCAAGAUGAACACCAAAUUCAAAGUAAGAGCUAAUUCAAUGGCAGUUAAAAUUGAUUUCACAGAAG